AUGAUCAGAGUUCUGCUUAACCGCUCUCUGAUCUCGGCUGAACGUCGAUCUCAAACUGUCAUUUUUAUCUCAAAUAAAUUAUUAAUCUUGGUCUACAUAGAUUUUUCCGACUACCAGCGAUGUUCCAGAUUGUUUUCCAAAACACAAAACGAAGCCGAGCUUCUUCCAGUGACGUGUGUUGAGGAAACGUGGCCAUCAGCAGCUGCAGACUGGCUUCCUGACGGCGUCAGACUGAUCCUUACAUCCAAUGACGACCAGGAGAAACGGAGGAAAAGCAGUGAUCCUGUUUCUGAUGAUGAUUCUCCAAUCAAACCGAAGAGAAGAAGAAUCUCUGCUGCAUCACCACUGAGAGACUGCAGCUCUGCUGCAUCACCACUGAGAGACUGCAGCUCUGCUGCAUCACCACUGAGAGACUGCAGCUCUGCUGCAUCACCACUGAGAGACUGCAGCUCUGCUGCAGCACCACUGAGAGACUGCAGCUCUGCUGCAGCACCACUGAGCCACCACGCCUCUCCUCCUGCUCCAGGGAGCCAUCGUCAUAGUUCCUGUUUUCAUCUUUCACUCCUCAAAAGUAUUCUAAUGAACCAGGAAGUUCUGAUGGAUCAGAUUAAAAUAAUUUACAAAUCAAUCCAAGGCCUGCAGACUCCAUCUGGAGACGAGUUGCUGCUGAAAUCGUUUCCUCUGAACAGCCAACAGUCUGUUGAAGACAUGGAGGCUCAACUUCAUGACAACCCAGAGCUUCACAAUCAGCUGAGCGCGGCUCUGGCUCUGCAGGGAGGAGGAUCACUGAACGAGUGUGUGGGCAGGAUCAUGGCAGCGCUGCUCACACACUCGCUCAGCCAGCAGAUGAACUGGCGCGGCGUGAACGGGAAGAUCGGCUUCCAGCGUCUCCACAUGAAGAAACUGGUGACCAUGGCUGUGAGGCGCAAUCGGCUCACUGCCACAGCAACCGACAGAGAGAUCGAGGCCAGAAUCACCAAAUGGCUGCAAAACGCCGCGGACCGAAACGGAGGCAGAGACGAGAGGAGGAAGAGCAGGAAGAGGAGGAAGAGCAGGAACGUCUGAGCUGACAGCAGGACGGACAGCAGACAGCGGGACGGACAGCAGACAGCGGGACGGACAGCGGGACGGAGGACAAGUGAAGCUUUAACCCUGAGAGUUUUCCAUUUCCUAUUGAUGUUCUUUGUUCUUUGUUCACUGUUCAGUUUUUCUUCAUUAGAUGAAAUGAUAUUUAUACAAGAUGAGUUUCCAUUUCAUUACUGAGUGAAAUGUUCACACUCAGUUAUACACAGUAUUUACUUACAUACAUAUAUAUGUACUAGAUAUAUACAUAUUGUUUUGUUCUGCAGGGCGUGGGGGAGAAAGGGGCGUGGCUUAACCACGUCUUUAACUUCCUGGUUGUUUCUUGAUGCAGUUUAAACCUGAAGAUGAAAUAAAAACCAAUGUUUCUGUUUAUAUGAUCAUAAAACUCCAAAGUUCAAAUCAAAGCCUCAACAGGUGAAUGAAUGUUGAUGGUGGCGCCACCUGGUGGCCAUCAGCAUCACAUCACUUCCUGUGGCCAAUCAAAACCAUCAGAGGUGUUUUUAUUUUCUAUUGUCCAAACUUCAGUAAAUGGAACUAAAAAUGGGAUUUAUGUGAAUCACAUCAACACCUGGAGGAGAACAAAUACUGGAAACAACUGAUUUAACAUUUUAAUGAAUGUUUCCAUCGUGGUUUAAUGUUUCAUUUUCAUUAGUGAUGAACUUUGUUCCUGUUUCUGCUUCAGCUUGUUGGAGAUUUUGUUCUGGUUUUGAUUUGUUGUUUUCAGUGUCUUUGUUGUAUUUUGAUGUUUGGGAGUUUUUCCUUCCACUAAACCUUCAGACAGAAGAAUUCUGAUUCUUUAAUGAUUAAAUAAUAUCAACAUUUCCCCUGAAACACAUGGUUUCACCAUAUUUCACCUGAAGGAUCCAAACAGAUCAAAUAUUUAUUUUGAAAGAUUUUUAUGAGCAAAAGAGGAAAAAAAAUCCCAAUUUCACAACAUUUGACAUAUGAAACAAAAUGUUUCAUGUUUUUAAAUCUGCUCUGUAAAAUGAGUCCAGC